GGCGGCUCCAAGUAGAGGGCGAGCCCUGAAGCCUCAACUGCAAUACUGAUACAGCCUUGUGUACAAUAUCAGAUCUGACAAAAUGCAACUCACGCAGUAGGUGUUCAAUAUAUUCUUACUGCCACGUUUAAGCUUUCUGCGAUACUAAGCCCUCAUACAGCAUCCGCAGAGCCCCUCGGGCAAACCUCACUGGCUUCGACCCCAGAGCCUUCGUAGCAUCCUCAGGCUCUCCAGCGAACGAUCCAUGGCGGAGGAGGUAGGCACAUCGAAUCUUGAGUCAAUUGAGUGCAAUUGACGCUAAUGGGCUGCGUGCAGAGAAGCCUGGAGAUACGCUGGACAGUUCACGCGAUGGAACCGAUUCAAAUCCGCCUUCCCCGGAUUGGGCAUUGCGAGUGUGGCAUUUGCGGCAUACUGCGGAUAUGAGUACAUGUUCUUGAAGGACGAUCACGCACAUGCGGAAGGAGGCCACGGUGAAGGCCACCACUAGAUCCGGAGAGGGAGAGUGAUAUCGGGACUGCUGCAUUGUACAUAUGGGACGAAUUGCGCCUGGCGAACGACAUGUCUUCCAAUGGCGACUCGCCAAAGAUUUCUUCCCGUCGGGCUCGAGGGGGGUUUUAUGCUUCUUCCUGGAUUCAUUGGGAUAUUUGGUCAAUGAUUCAUCGAGACUCGGCGCAUCUGAAGGUGGGGAAAGGCAGAGCGAAGGGGUUUGGGGACCAUGCCAUGCUUUGCCAUAAGAGAACAAGGACAGGAAUGCGUCAAUAGUAGCGCAAU